GAAAAGUACUAUCCAAGGAAAAUGGGGACAGACAGCGUCCAUAUAAUUUCCAAUAUCUCUUUACAUGACAGCCAGCCCAGCACGGAGGAUGAGCUGCCAUUUUAUUUUUUGCAAAAGCUGUUAAUGGUGGACUAUCGGGUCAGGUAUUUGGUUUGUAAGGAUGACAGUAAAGCAAAACCAAGCGUAACAAGAGUAUUGAACACCUCAAAUGAAGGCAGUGACUUGUCAGAUACGUUUGAUGUCUUUUUUUAUUUCUGUGAAGGAACCAAUGAAUCUGCAGGAACAAGGCAGACACACGUGCACCCAAUGGACAUCCAGAUGGCAAUUUUUCAUUGUGCAGAUGAUUUCAUGAGACAACAUCUUUCAACAAAGCUCGCUUUCUGCCAGUUUGCACUCCCACUUCUGGUGCCAGAUCCUUCUACUUCACAAAUAGAAUUCCCUUUUUUGGCCCUUAGCCAAGUUAAAAAGAGCUGGAAAGGUGCUGAAAAAUCAGGAGGGGAGACCAGCAUUAAAAAUUAUAACAAACUGAUGUAUAAGGCACAUACACACCUGGUGUCCUUCAUACGGAUUGAUAAUUCGCCUCAUUCUUCUAAGUCUCAGAUCCUGAAUGCUCUGCUAAGUAAGCACAAGCAUGACAUUUUUUUCCACCGUCACUGUAGAGGCAGCAGCAAAGAUUGUCUCCUGAUGAACGGGGUUGUGGAAAUCUCCUGGUAUUGUCCAGGUGGAAAGGAUGACGAUAGAUUUGACAACUGCAUCGCCUUCACUAAUCUUCACGGGGAUGCACGAGAGCACAAGCAACAAGUCAAAUUUUUACAGGAGAUCGCUUCUAUAAAUGUGGUUCUCUUAUCAGAUACAGAUCAGAAUGACAAAAGGGGCAAGCAAAUUAUCCGUGAUCUUUGGCAAUCUCAAAAGCCUUUGAUCUGCCUUUUUGCUGAAAAAGAGAACAUUGUGGCUGGUCAAUCAAGCCAGAAUGUAGGAAUAGGCAUCAAGAACAGAAACGAGGCAGAAUUAAUAGAUGAAAUAACAGCAACAAUCAAAGAUUUUCUGGCAGGCUCAAUUGCCACUUGUAGCCUUGAUGCUUGUGUAAAAACUGCUCGGCAGCAUGGCUUCCUCAUUGAUGAAGACAAAAAAGAGUGCAAGGAAGCUAAGGACAAAGCAAAGAAAUUGAUGGACCACUUCAAAAAUCCUUCCUUAGCAAGCUUGAAGGAAGAGCUGUUGCCUCUUCAAGGAGAAUUAUGGCACAGGUGGUGUAAGAAAGAUAAGGAACUUACUCGCUUGCAAGAAAAAAGCAAUAUAAGCAUUGAACAGCACAGGAGCCAAAUUGAAUCAGAUAAAGAUGCAAUACGACGUGAUCAAUUAAGUAAGGUAUCCCCCCCCAAUGACCUAAUGAAGUCAGUGCUUGAUUUUCUCCAGUCACAUCCAGAGGACACCAAAAAGUACUUCCUGCAAUGGAUGAAAGUAUUUAUGGAUGACUUGUCCUCUGACCACCUUGCAGAACUUCACCAGAAAUACCACAACUUAUGGUCUGAAAUAUUGAUAAAGAAAAAAGAAGAAAAUAAUUUGAAAACUAGAUUGAAAAAUGAUUUAGAAAAACUCUCAGCUGAGAUAAAUAAUUCUACAUUUGGCAUUGAACACAUUUUGAGAGAGGUAGGUCAGAUUUAUGAAGCUCUGGAUGCAAUUGUCCAAAAGGAUAAAUGUUUUCUUAAAUUACCUAAAAUUGCGGCUGACCUGAUGGUUUCAGGUUAUCCCAUCGAGCUGAUGGACGGCGAUGCUUCAUACGUGCCAUUAAAAUGGGUCGGAGCAGUUUUUGACUCAUUAAUUGAGACACUAGGAGACAGAAAGGUGUUUGUUCUUUCUGUUCUUGGCAUUCAGAGCACUGGGAAAUCAACACUACUGAAUGCCAUGUUUGGUCUUCAGUUUAGUGUCAGUGCAGGGAGAUGCACCAGGGGAGCGUUCAUGCAGCUGAUUAAGGUGGAUGAGAACCUCCAACAGGAUUUGAAACUUGAUUACAUUCUAGUUGUUGAUACGGAAGGGCUUCGGGCCAUAGAGAAGGCUAAUAAGUUGUCCCUUAAUUAUGAUAAUGAGCUAGCCACCUUCGUCAUUGGUAUUGGCAACAUGACUGUGAUCAAUAUCUUUGGUGAGAACCCUUCAGAAAUGCAAGAUAUCCUGCAGAUCGCUGUCCAGGCCUUUCUGAGAAUGAAGCAAGUAAAUCUCUCCCCAAGCUGUUUGUUUGUGCACCAAAAUGUGGGAGACAUAACUGCAAAAGAAAAAAAUAUGGAAGGACAAAGACGCCUCCAACAAAAGUUAGAUGAAAUGACCGUUACUGCAGCCCAGCAAGAAUUCUGUGAUGCAACCUGCUUUAGUGACGUUAUCCGAUUUGACUUGAAGACCCACAUUCAUUACUUUGCUCACCUCUGGGAAGGGGACCCACCAAUGGCACCUCCGAAUCCCAGUUACAGCCAAAAUGUGCAGGAACUAAAGAGUGAUAUUCUCAAGGCUGCAAACAAGGAAUCUCAGGGCAGUGUUUUAAGGCUGUCGGGAUUAAAAGUCCGAAUAGGCGAUUUGUGGAAUGCUUUGUUAAAUGAGAAUUUUAUUUUCAGCUUUAAGAACACGCUGGAGAUUGCGGCCUACAACAGGUUAGAAACAAUGUUUAGCCAAUGGACCUGGGAGCUGAGAAGUCACAUGCUAGAGCUGCAGAUAAAACUAAACAAUCAAAUUAAGAACAAAGAAAUGCUCCAAAUCACCAGAGAAAGCCUUGAAGGAGAAGUUAAAGAAAAAUAUGGUGCCAUCAUGAAUCAACUUGAAAAGUAUUUCAGUGAAGACCCAGAUGCUGAAAUAUUGAUUCAAUGGAAAGCAAACAUAGAAAUUAAACUGACAGAACUUAAAAUGUCACUUAUUGAUGAAACUAAGAGGAAAUCUGAAGAACUUAUCAUACUAAGGAACAACCAAAGCAAACUGGAUGAAAGGAAGUCAGAAUAUGAAAAUGAGCUAUUCAAAAGGAGCAAAGAGUUGGCUCUGUCAUUAAAAGGCAAGAAAUUGAGUGAAAAUGAACUGAGAGAGAACUUUAACCACCUAUGGGGAAAAUGGGUCUCUGAAAUGUCCUCUGAUGUCCCUCCUGUUGAGGAGCCUAAUAUCAGCCUUGAUAUAGAAAACAUCCUGCUCGAGCGUUUUAAACAGAAGUCUGUUGUAGCAAAAAAAAUUAAGGUCUAUUCUAGCAAGAAUAUGUUUUCCACUGAUUUUUCCAAGUUUGUCACCAUAAAGAGAGCAUUGUAUGUAUUCAAGAAGACUUUAGAGAAGUCUGAUAGAGACACCAUAGAGCAGGUUACAGGUCGCAUCAGACAGGGGGUCGAAGCAAUGAUCGAUAGGAAAGAGCAGCAGAGACUGGAUUACAGUUCAAGUUACAUUCACGAAAUACUGAAUAAAAUA